CUCUUGAAAAUCCUCCAUACAUAAAACAGGAAGCAACAAAAGAAAGUUGUUUAGUUACGCUUUUUGGCUGGAUAAUUGAUUCAUGAGUCUCCCAGUUACAGAUUCUUCUGCAGAGUUGAGGCCUCGAAGUCAUCUGGUGAAAGGCGAAGCAGAAUCAGAUGAACAUCAUCGUAAUACAAAAACUACGGCCACCAAAAUUUCAGCUGAAGGGAGUCUAGUCGAAGGCACAAAUAAGAGAGCUCAAUUAAAAAAGCUUCACUCUCCGAAAAGAUCGGCAUCAUGGUCUAGCUGGGCAGCUCUCACGCUCCAAGUCUCUCUUCAGGACUGGAUAUUAAUUGCAACAAUGAUCUUCGGAGGAUGUUGCAGCAAUGUGUUUGCAUUGGAGAUCCUUGUCAACGAUGCUCCUAAGAGCGGUCAGAUGAUAACAUUUGCACAAUUUGUAUUUGUUUCUUUGUAUGGUCUUGCCAUGCAUCUCCGAUGGCCUAUCGCACAAGAAUGGUUUUCCGGACCGACCAGUAGCAAAAACAACACAAAAUCAUCAGAUUCAAGAUCGAUAUCAGGAGGCAUUUGGUGGUACAUCCCACACUUGAAGCAGAGACGGAUACCAAUUUCGCGCUGGAUGAUGAUUGUUAUCAUGUUUUUUACAGUCUCUGUUCUUAACAACUGGGCGCUGGCCUACAAGAUUUCGGUGCCGCUCCAUAUUAUUUUUCGAUCUGGAGGACUGAUGGUUGGAAUGGUGUUGGGGAUGCUAUUAAUGAAGAAGCGGUACAGCAAAGCACAGAUUUUUGCUGUGGUUAUCGUAACGAUUGGUGUGAUUUAUGCAACCACAAGUGCGAAAGCCAACAAUUCGUCACCAGGGCCAUCACAGAAGCAUCAACACAGCCAGCAGCAGCAGCAGCAGCAGCAACGAUUGCAAGGAGAAGUUAGUACAGGCGACUAUGUAAUUGGUGUUUUCAUGCUUACAGUAGCGCUGAUUGUGUCGUCCUUGAUGGGUCUACUUCAAGAGUCCACUUACCAGACCUAUGGUUCUGAAUGGCGCGAGGGGCUUUUCUACUCUCACUUUUUAGCAUUGCCGAUGUUUCUAUUGUUUUAUAGUGAUAUCAUGGAACAAAUUAGAGUCUUCAACCGUUCAACGCCCAUUCCUAUUCUACAAUUGGUGCGUCAGAUUGGACCAUAUCUCCCCACAACUCUUGCCUAUAAACUAAGCUCAAUUACUGUGCCCAGGCUAUGGAUCUUUUUAGCUGUGAAUACUCUUACACAGUUCAUGUGCAUAUCGGGUGUACAUCGAUUGACAUCGCUUUCAUCAGCACUGACGCUUAACUUCAUCUUAAACCUACGAAAGUUCACAUCACUUUUGAUCUCGGUUCUGUAUUUUGAAAAUGGAUUUGGGUUUGAAAUGGCGGUUGGAUCGAGUCUUGUCUUGCUGGGCACCAUCAUGUAUUCAGUCUCGUCUUCACCAAAAAAGUCAAAGUUAUCUCCUAUAGUCGUAUCAGAUUCUGAGAAGAAGAAAUAGUUCAAAAGGCAAUCAGUAGCUCCUUACCAGCCACUAUGAUAAAUAUCUAUUUUUCACCAUCAUUGCGUUUGUUUUUACGAGAUAGACACUUGCAUUAAUGUAGAUUAAC